CGCGGUGGGCGUGUCCUGGCGGCGGCGCCCGGCGGCCACGUUGACAGGAGGGCGGGAGCGGGCCCGCGGCGCGGAGCGGAGCGGAGCGCGGGGCCGCUGCCCCGGUACAAAAUGUCUUCUCCUCCCAAAGAGAAAGCAGAGACGCGGGCCGGACACCCUCCUGCUGUGAAAGCUGGUGGGAUGCGGAUCGUGCAGAAACACCCACACAGUUCUGAUGCCAAAGAAGAAAGAGAUAAGGAUGACCAAGACUGGGAAAACAGCAGCCCACCUAAACCAGCGGUGUUCAUCUCUGGUGUCAUUGCUAGGGGUGAUAAGGACUUCCCUCCAGCUGCGGCUCAGGUGGCUCAUCAGAAACCACAUCCUUCUGUGGAAAAGCUUCCUCACCCGCAACAUGUCAAACAGCACAUCCACCAGCCUCGCAAGUGAGCUCUCCAUCAGAACCUCAGCCAAACUGCCAUCAGUGAAUAAGUUUUUAAAAGAAGAUGAAAACCCUUCAGGAUUCACACUCAAAUCAGUAAAAUUGACCUCUAAAAUAUUAUGCCGUUUCAUUUACUUUAAUUCUUGAGGGUUAAUAAGAAUUAAGACAUUGUUCAGUUGUUAUCCCGGAUGGAAAAUUCUCUAUUAAGUAUUUUGCUGAUCAGGGGUGGGGGUUUUUUAUAAGAUUUUCUUACUGCCAAGAUAAAACUUUGGUAUGAAUAAUAGGAUUAAUGAGCUUAAAACUUGUACUUCUAGUUGUGGCAUUGCAAUACCAGAUAGUUAAUGUAGUUUUUACGCUAAGCCAAUAAGGACGAAUAGCCCUUUUGUACCAGUACCUUUACCAUCUGGAGGGAGUUUGUGGUGUGUGUCGAGAUAGAAAUCAGUGGCUGUCUUGAUUACAUAGAGCCCUUCCAGUCUUCAGUAUCCUAUGGCAUUGCACUCCAGUGACUGUGCCCUCCGAUUUCCACUAGUGAGGUGAUAAAAGGGCCCAAAAACACUCUCAGGUGGGCGGAAAUCCAGCUGGAUCUUCUUUGCACCCCUUUGAACUUGCACAGUCUUGCUGAGGUUCUUCCAUUUGGAGGUCUGUGGAUGUGGAAAGGGGAGAGGAAUGAGAGCUACAGGAACAUUGAUGCUAUAGGCAGUGGAUUUGUGAUCUCGUGGGUCUCUCUGGGGGCUCUGUUUUUAUGAGGUGAUGAUUUCUUAGUUCCAAUAACAAGCUGAAGGAGCUCAGGACCCUCCAGAAUUGAAGUUAAAAUAAACUGGCGAAAAACAGGUUUUCUUUUUUAACUUGAGGUUUGAGAUAUCUGAUUGAAACUAAGACAUAUCAUUAGUAAACGUGUUUAACUUUAUGACCAAACCUCUGUUGCGCAUCGUAUUUUUUCCUAGUCUUCUUAUUGUGAAUAAGGACAGUAGUAAUAUGAGGGAAUAAAAAAGUUACUGUUCAAAUAGAGCGAUUGGAUUAGUUUUGGCCACGUAACUAAAUCUUUAGAUUGCACAGUUCAAAAUCACUGAGCUCUAUUAUCUUCCUUCUGCAACUCAUCUCCAAAAAAACCAGGAAAAUAAUUUGUUAGACAUUCCACCUACAUGUUUUAAGUGUACUUCUGUUUUUAACUGACAGUAAUUUUUAAAUACAGUACAGCCUUUAGUAUCCUCUAGGUUUGUAAAACUGGAGCUAGUGCUGCAAACAUUCACUGAAAGUUUGGUGUUGCUUGAGGCUUUACUAGCUCAUUUAUGUUUAAAAUCAGAUAGUAUAGGAAACCAGUGAGGACAGAUUUUAAAAUACUAUUUUAAAAAAUUUCUGCGGAUUAAAUAAUUAUUCCCGGAGCGGCUGAUUCAAAACAACAACAAAAUCAUGUGAAAUACGGCCCAUUUCACAAGUGGAAUAACUCACCCCGUGUAGGUGAGAGGGACCUGGCAUUUCCAUCCCUUCACAGGCUUGAAAUGGAAGUGAUGCUUCGCAGAGGGUAUGCAUGGAUAUAUUUGUGCUACACCUGAGGAAUGACGCACAACCUCUACAUGCAGUCCUUGUUUUCAAUUUAAGUAGAUAACCGUACUUGCCUUAAGGAGUGAGUGUUGUUUGUGAGAGUUAUUCUGUCUUAGGGUAUGCACCCUUUUAAAGAUCUUCUCUCUGUUGCUGACAUCGGUGCGUCCCAGGCCUCGUUUGUAGCCGCUCGUGAGCGUGCAGGUGAUUCACUCGUUCGUGAGGGGUGGCGUUGUCGAGCCCGGGGGAACAUCUGCAGGGGUGGGAUGGGACAGAAAGAGGCGGCAUCUGGUUGAUGGUGCAGCCAGCAGCAGCCAGCAGCAGCCAGCAGCAGCCAGCAGCAGAGCAGAGCAUCGGUCGCUUGCUGCUGGGAGCUGCUGGCUUGAGAGUGAGGGGAGCAGGAUUCGGCUCCGCUGGUCCUGUGCCUACAUCUGACGUGUUGGCCUGGACCCCAGCUGCAGUCAGGGGUGAUGGAAGGGGGGGGGGGGUCGGUAGAGUUGAGGUGCAGCACCUUUGGCCAAAUGGAAGUGUCCUUCCAGAGGAGCCGGAUCGCUGCCGACUGCCUUGGUGGCAGUGGAACACUAAACAUACCUCGGUGUAGGACCCACGGUUAGGUGGGGCUGUGUACCCCUCCUCCACGUGCAGUAACAGCUGGUAGAAGCGCUUCUGAAAGUAAAACCACGUUUCCACUCUAAUACUAAAAGUUAGCAACGUGGAUGCUUUUGAAUUAUCAACUGCUGCUCCUGAUUGUUCAUGCAAUAUAUGCAGCGUAUAUAGACAGUACCUGUAUUUUGUCCUUGAUUACUUAGAUGGAUGUGUAAGUUUGUACAACGGAGUAUGACUCUCGAGAUAGCUUUAGUGGCUUUUAGAAUUCCUAUACGAUUAGAAAAUGUCUCUGUAUGAAAGCAUAUUAUAUAUUGGGGGGGGGUAUCCGUGUUUAUACAGAGGUGUCCUUACCAAAGCAUUACCUUCCCCAAAAUAACCAUAACUGGUGAUCCGGGUUGCCUACUGAUGGUUAUCGAUACUUUUAAAAUGUGUUACAAUAACAGGCAAACAUAGGAGGUGUUCAAAUGUUACCUUGAAAUGAUUGCAAAUGAAAUUUUCUGUAAUUGUCAGUGUGGCAAUAACGCAACAAUAAAGCAUGGAGUUGUA